CCCUGGAGGCGCGUUCACGAGUCCUCAUCGUUUGGAAACGUCGGCGACGUCUCCGCUUUCGUCCUGCUGCUGAAGAAAAACGAGGAACUUUUUUUGUUUGUUUGUUUGUUUGUCUGUGGUUUUUGACGGCGAAACGUUAAGAGAUGAAGCCCCGCCCUUAAUCUCCACUCCCCGAACGUCGUCGUCAUGGAGACGGUGGUGAUCGUAGCCAUCGGCGUGCUGGCCACCAUCUUCCUGGCGUCCUUGGCCGCCCUGGUGGCGGUGUGCCGCCACCGCUACUGCCACCCGCACCACCUGCUGCACCACUUUGACUCCAAGCCCACGGUGGACCUGAUCGGCGCCAUGGAGACGCAGAGCGAGCUGUCCGAGCUGGAGCUGGACGACGUGGUCAUCACCAACCCGCACAUCGAAGCCAUCCUGGAGAAUGAGGACUGGAUCGAGGACGCCUCCGGAUUGGUCUCCCACUGCAUCGCUAUCCUGAAGAUCUGCCACACGUUGACGGAGAAACUAGUCGCCCUGACGAUGGGCUCAGGGGCAAAGGUCAAGGCGCCGGCCAGCCUGGGCGACAUCAUCACCGUGGCCAAGCGCAUCAGCCCCAGGGUGGACGAUGUGGUACGAUCCAUGUACCCGCCCUUGGACCCCAUCCUCUUGGACGCUAGGGCGACUGCUCUUCUCCUGUCCGUCAGCCACCUGGUCCUGGUCACCCGCAACGCCUGCCACAUGUCGGGGAGCCUGGACUGGAUCGACCAAUCGCUCCACGCGGCCGAAGACCACAUGGUGGUCUUGAGGGAGGCGGCCCUGGCCUCCGAGCCGGAGCGCGGCGUCCUCAACGGGGCCGAGGGCCAGAGGGAGCACGCCAUCUAGACCCCGCCGAGAUAUUUGACUUUGAAUGCAGCACCGUGCUCAUCAGGCUUCAAACACUGAUUCAAAUCUUAAACGCUAAUCCAGACUUCGGACCCUAACCUUGCCUUGAAACUCCGAUUCGAAACGCUAACUCAGUCUUGAACUGCUAAUUUGAACC